AUGGCUGCGGGAGACGCUGAGAAGCCCGACGGCGAUGGCGGGGUUGCUGCCCCGGCUGCUGGAUCCACUAUCGAGCUGCCCAUCCGAAAGGCCAGCGAGGGAGGCUCUCCUCCACCGGGCCAGUCGUUGACCGGAAAGCAAGAGCACUAUCUGAAGCGCGAGCUCGUGUCGGAGCAGGUGAGAUGGGAGAUCAACGAGCUUAACUCCCCCACGGCCUUGCGCCGCUUCGGAGCCCCCUUCAAGUCCGACCACGGCGAGGUCGCCCCCGAGGAUUCGGAACUCCCGAUCCUGCGCUACAUCUUUGUCAACCAUAUUCGCGAUUUCCCUUUUCUUGAUAAGGCUCGGGAGAAGGAGUUUUGGCAGGAUAAGCUGCAAGUGUUUCUGGAGUCUUUCGCCGGGAAACGAAUCUCAUCCUCCGAGGACCGGCUCGAGGAGACCAAGCGACGCAAGCUGGCGAUUAAGGCUAGGAAGCUGGUCGAGCUGAUGAUGGUUUCUGGAAUACGAACAUCUUCCGGUUUCGAAGAGCGCAUCCGUUUCUCCGAGCUCGAAAUAGUCGACGCCAACGCCAUAGACACGGGGGUUCAGUUCAACAUCCCCGAGGGCAAUUACAUCAAUGGCUGGGACGUCAACGUUUCUGGUGUGCGGGUGACGACCGUCAGGGGAAUCCUCCGAAGCCAGAAGCACGCGGAGUUUAUCCUGAGGAUCAAGAAGAAGGGCGAGCUUGAGCAUUUCGUCACCCGCAGGUAUGGCGACUUCCAUAGGCUUCAUCGGCGCUUGAGGUUGGAGCUCCCAGGAAGGACACUGCCAGCCAUGCCGCAGAAGAACAAGUCGGAUUCGACUGCGAACGGGAUCCUGUCAUCUUUGGGAUCUGGGAAUGGCGACGAAUCGGAUGCUUCCUCGGUCUCCUCUGGCGGAACGCGCAUAACAAGCCGCUCGGGACUGAAGACUAAAUCCUUACUUUCCCCAACUGACGCAGGAAAUCGUCGAGAAAUCUCAUCAAGUGCUGCUUCCAUCAGGUCCAGUCUUUCGCGAAAAGUGGCUUCACCCAGAACCUCUGCAGAUGGUCGCCUUACGCCGUUGUCGCCAAAAGACCAAGAAAAGAAAGAAGACAUCGUUCUUUGGCGAGAGAAGCAAAGAGUCUCUCUGCGGGCCUUCAUCCGAUCUCUUCUCCACAACCCCCAGAUUGCCAACACCAAGGCUGUACAGGAGUUCCUGAGUGGCGACCCGAUCACGCCGACUGAUGAAGAUGUUGACGAUAUCAUCCGACGAAAACUCAUUGAUGAGAAACGGAUAGAGGAACAGAAGAAGUUCUACGAGAUAGCCCGCAAGAGAGCUGCGGACCUCGAUGAAUAUAUGGAACAGUUCCGUCGAGAUAUCGUGGAAAGCCAUGGUCUGACCAAGCUGUUCGCUGAAAUUAAAGAAAAGGAAACGAUUCCCGAUCUGAGCAUUCAGUAUCGAAAGUUCGCUGAAUGGCUUCGCAUUGAGAUCGCCGCCGUCAUCUACCAUGUGUUCCUUGCCGAAGAUAAUUCCCCAGAGUUGUUUGCACAGGCCAGGAGGAUCCACUCGCUGGUGCCGUACACUGUUAUUAAGAACGUCAUCCGGAUUGCCAACCCAGCGGCUGUGAUGUCUGGGAUUCUCGAUGUUUUCCUCGCACAGCCUUUUGGUACCCGUUCACUCUUGCAGCGCAUCUUCUCUCUGACUCUCAAUGAAGGUAUAAGAAGCUUCCAGAAGUCCAUUGACAUUCUCAAUGCCAAGACUGGGGACCCGGUGUUUGCUGAGAAGAUUUAUGCCUACACAAAUGCCGACCAAAGUGUCCACGAGGCCAUCCGAGAGGAGGCGGAAGCCGAUGGUCUUGAUAUUAUUGUGACGCUUCUGAGAUCCGAUUUGAUCGAGCCGGAGUUGUCUGGUGAACAGAUCGAACGUCUGUUUAAUGCAUAUGUUGCCUUCAACAACGCCGUGGAGAAUAUUGACGAGGAGAUGCGCGAGGGAGCCCAGUUAUUCUCAUAUCUGAAGCAAAUGAUGAAGCUCUGCACGCGGCAGCGGGACAAGCAAAUGAUGCUUGAGCUGAUCGAGCAGCCCGUCACCCUGCAACUCUUCCGGGAUCUGUUCACUAUCUUCUACGAGCCUUUGGUGAGGGUAUAUAAAUCAGCAAACGUUUAUAACAGCGUCACGGACUUUGCCGUUUUUGUCGAUGAUAUCAUUCAGGUGGUUGAUAAAUGCCGGGAGCAAGAUGCUUCUGCUGAUCCCAAUCAGACUGUUCAGGCUUUCAUCGAUCUUUGCGAGAGGCACGAGCACAACUUUUAUAAGUUUGUUCACGAAGUUCACGUCCAUGAUAACGGGCUGUUUACACAGCUCAUGGGAUGGAUCGAAGGAAUUCUCGAGUUCCUCCGCCACGGUCCCAAUAACGGAACACUGGACGUCAACGCACUCUUCGAGGGCGGGGUUAACAGUGGACUAAACAAGGAGAAGGCGAUUGCAGAAAUCAACUCUCUCAUCGCCUGGCAGGAGGCCCGUAAGAGGUGGCACACGGACAAGACAAGACAGAAGCUUGCUGCCGAGGCUCACCACGACACGGGUCUGAUUGGCUCUGGCUUCAAAACAUCUGAUUUUGGAUUGGAUGGGCAAGAUCUCGAGGACAUGACAUAUGAUGAUGGCUCGGACGAGGAGGCAGAAGCUCAACUGGAGGACGAACUGGAUCCUAUAGAGGCCGAGCGACGACGACGCGCGAAGCGACAGGAUCGCUUGCGACGGUCGGCGGGAGAGCCCCCGAAACCGCAUGUUGAGGAGGUCCAUAAGCUCAAGGAGAAUUUCCUGGUGAUGCUGAGGCAGGUUCUGGCAAAAUAG